CGUCUCCUGUAAAUAAUAUAUCUCACAGAUGUAGCGAUACACUGUUUUAUUUUACGUAUUUCUCAUGGAGAACAGAUUUAUCUAAAUGCAGGUAGCGUACUGUAGAAGGUGGCAGUUCUCUGCCGGCCUGCUUGCUGUUGACCAGCUCGCUAGGCUAACUUUAGCGUGAUACUGGGCUGGUUAGGACGCUAGCAUUAGCUAGCCAUUUAGCUAAUCAGAGGUUAUUACGGAGGGAAUCUAGCUUGUUUCCAGAGGCCUCUAUCUAACUGGAAUGGGCGUUUGAAAUGACAGUCAUCUGUAGCCUCUAACCGAACUGACGCCUAUCAGAGACCACAGAUCAAGCUUGCCUUGAUGUUGGACCUCCUGCCUAGCAUGCAGCCAUGAGCUCUGCCCUGUGGAGCCAGGAGAAGCCCAGCGGGGGCUUCCGAGAGGACUGGCGCUUCUACAUGGUUGUGAAGGAGUGUACGGUGGAGAAGCCUCCCCAGAAGACUCUGAGGAUCCCCCGUGGCAGUCUUGGUCAGGCCUGCCAGGAGCGCAACAGCCUGGGACGAACACUGCCUCCAUGCAAGGGCAAGAAAAGUCUCCGUAUUCUGGAUCAGACCAAUGUGGUGCUGAGCCUGGAUGAGCGGGAUGUCCUGGAGCUGGACGAGAAGCUGGCAGAGUUGCUGUUCCCCAUUACCAACUGUGAGGAGCGAUACGCCCUGCUCUGCAACAAGUCACGGCUAGAGCGCGUCCGCGACAUUGACUGUGGUUCUAAGGUGCGCGUCCAGCUGCGCUCAGGGGAUGAACCUCUGCCUGGUGUGGUCCGCUUCAAAGGCUCGCUGCUCCCUGACAGAGCGCUCUCUGGAAUCUGGUUUGGAGUGGAGCUGCUGGAGGAAGGUCGAGGCCAGGGCUUCACGGAGGGCUCCUACCAGGGCCGCCAGCUUUUCCGCUGUGAGGAUGAGUGUGGCGUGUUUGUGGCUCUGGACAAGCUUGAACUCUGGGAGGAUGAUGAUGAUGAACCCUUGGGAGAGCUGGAGGUGGACCACGUCAGUCUGGUGGAAGAGGAUCAGGACUUUCCUCCACUAGAGAUCAACUCCAGGGUCCUGGUGCAGACCAGGGAGGGACCUGAGAGAGGCACCAUCAUUUUUUGUGAACUGCUGCCAGGCAAUGAGAGCCUGGGCUACUAUGUGGGAGUUGACAUGGACAAUCCGAUUGGGGACUGGGAUGGUGUGUUUGACGGGAAGCUGCUGUGUAAUUUUGCCAGUUUGGAGCACACUCGACUCGUCCCAAUCUGUGACGUAAUGCCAGAAUAUUCCAUGCAGGACCAAAGGCUGCAGAAGCACAGUUUUGCCCCCAGAGGCACCAACAGUGACAAGUCGUCCUCUGGCCAAAGCAAACCAAAGAGCAAAGGAUUAGGUCAUCAGUGUGGCAGUAGAAGCAAGUCUGAGUUUUACUAUACUUUAAAUGGCAGCUCUCUUGAUCCCCCAGCCCAGUCCAAAUCCAAAAGCACAUGGUACAUUGAUGAAGUUGGGGAGGACCCCGCCAAGUCGCUCACUGACACCCCCCCUGACUUCAACCAGUCCUCCCCGCCCUCCAGAGCCCCGCCCUCUGCCUCGUUGUCCAGUGACAACAAGUUCCACUCGCUGCCCUUCAGCCUGAACCGCAAAACCGGGCCCAUAGACAGUAUGAGCCAUGGGCCUCUCUCCCUCUCCGUCCAGUCGGUGAUGGGAGAGCAGCCUGAGCCCCCGUCACCCGCCGCCCCUCCCUCGCCGCGGCCUCCGACGCCUCCCCGAGGACAGCCAGGUCUAGAAGUGGGCUCUCUGGUGGAGGUGAAGGAGAACCCCCCUCUGUGUGGUGUCAUCCGUUGGGUGGGUCUACCUCCUGGCCUGCUGGAGCCAUUGGCUGGUCUGGAGCUGGAAGAAGAGUGCCCUGGUUGCACUGACGGCACCUUCAAAGGCACACGGUACUUCACCUGCCCACCCAAAAAAGCUCUGUUUGUAAAGCUCAAGUGCUGCCGACCUGACUCCCGCUUCCCAUCCCUGCACCACUCCUCCAACCCCAUAGAGCGGUGCAACUCCAUCGCAUUUGGGGGUUACCUGAGUGAGGUAGUACACGAGAACACUCCUCCACGCACAGAAAAUGAUGGUCUGGAUGUCAUGGUGGGGAAAAAGAAAGGCAUUCAGGGCCACUACAACUCCUGCUACCUGGAUUCGACUCUCUUCUGUCUUUUCUCCUUCAGUUCUGUACUGGACACAGUUCUGCUGAGACCACGAUCAAAGACCGACGUUGAGUAUUACAGAGAGACGCAAGAGCUGCUACGCACAGAAAUAGUCAAUCCUCUGCGCAUACAUGGGUACGUUUGUGCCACUAAAGUGAUGAAGCUGAGGAGAAUCCUAGAGAAGGUAGAAGCAGCGUCUGGGUUUACCUCUGAAGAAAAAGAUCCUGAAGAGUUCCUCAAUAUCCUUUUCCAUCACAUACUGAGGGUGGAUCCAUUGCUCAAGCUAAGGUCAGCAGGUCAGAAGGUCCAGGACUGUUACUUUUACCAGAUCUUCAUGGACAAGAAAGACAAAGUUGGAGUUCCCACCAUCCAGCAGCUCCUGGAAUGGUCUUUUAUCAACAGCGACCUGAAGUUUGCAGAGGCUCCCUCCUGCCUUAUUAUCCAGAUGCCCCGCUUCGGCAAGGACUUCAAAAUGUUCAACAAGAUUUUCCCCUCCUUGGAGUUGGACAUCACAGACCUUCUUGAAGACACUCCAAGAGAAUGUCGUAUCUGCGGAGGCCUGGCUCUCUACGAGUGCCGAGACUGUUAUGAGGACGGAGAUAUCACUGCUGGCAAGAUUAAGCAGUUCUGUGAAAAGUGCAAUACACAGGUUCACCUCCACCCGAGGAGAAAAUCCCAUCGACACGGCAAACUGUCUGUCCCCAAGGAGCUACAAGACGGUACGGGGCGUCAGGGCAGUUUUCCCCGCCAGAGGAUGGAGCUGUUUGCCGUGCUGUGCAUCGAAACCAGUCACUACGUGGCCUUCGUCAAGUACGGCAGCGCAGAUUCCGCCUGGCUCUUCUUCGACAGCAUGGCUGACCGUGACGGAGGGCAGAAUGGAUUCAACAUCCCGCAGGUGUCUCCCUGUCCGGAGGUGGAAGCCUACCUGAAAAUGACACCAGAGGAGCUGCACACCCUUGAUCCCAAGAGCAUCCAGGGCCAGGCCCGACGCCUGCUGUGCGAUGCCUACAUGUGCAUGUACCAGAGCCCGACCAUGAGCCUGUACAAGUAGAAUCCCCCCCCUCAAACCCCUGUCCUUCCACCCCUGCCCCUCAGCCACGCCACCUCCCCCUCCCCCAGGGCAGGAGAGCUCCAGAAAGACCAAAAAUGAAAAAUAAACUAAAAGUAGAACAGCUGCCUGUCAGCAGGGGCAGAUUUAACCCUCUACACCCCACCUCUCCUCAAUGCCUACCCGUUUCUGGAGGUAGGAGAGAUGGAAAAGGGAGGGGGGGACGCCUAUUUGCACUGUGCAUUAGUUGAAGUGUUGUGUUCUUCAUGUAGUCCUAUGUAGCUUCCCUGUGUCUCACAGCUGAGCAUUGGUGGCGAAUGAUGAAGCAAAGGUAGGCAUUAUGAGGAUUCACUCCCUGGUCGGGGAGGAAGGAGAAGAUGGGCGGGAGGGCAUGUUGCGUUGCAGUGGCUGACAAAACAUGCGCAACAAAAACAAGAUGAGCUGGUGGGAGGACCCUGCUCACCUCAUUUACCUUAAGAAAAGAGGAGUCCUGCUAUUCUUAAUCACUGUUAAAGAUGGGAGCUUUCCAUAACGCACAUUAAGGAAGCAAUGCAGUGCGCAAAUCCUCAUCCAAACUGUGUGUACUGUUGUAAAAACUUGUGUAAAAUCUCUUAGUAGCAUAGAUUUCUCCAGGUAGUAACAUCAACAGUAUAGAUGUCAACCUACUGUGCAGUUGCAUUAAGACCAGACUAUUCUGCUCUUCGUGAACCGGUUUGCAUAUUUCCUCAUCACACUGUGUAAAUGUCUCUACAGUAUAUGUUUUGCAGAAACAGACGUAGCCAUUGUAAAAGUCUCAUGUUUUACCGCAUACUUGCUCAACCAAUGCUGCACUUUUACUCCAUCCCCAAGUGGACCUAUCAGGAAACAUUUAGGUUUUGCUUCUCUUUUUUUUUCCCCCUUCCUCCCAUUGGAAGUCACAGUGAGUGCUAAUUUGUUGGUUGGGAGACAUCAGAGUUUUGUGCUACAGAAUACAAAUUUGCUCCUCCGCUGUAGCUGUAAAGAAUGGUCUGCAUUGCUAAUGCAGAGUAGAUGCCAGAUAAAUGCAUGAAGGGAGGCUUGCACAAUGGCUCCUGUUGUAAAGCUGGUUGGUGGAGCACUCCGUGCAUUCAUAGGGUCAAUGAGGUGAAAUACUGGAAAAGUCCGGGUGUUUUCUUCAAAGGUGUGACGUGAAGAAUUUCACAUGCAGUGUUUUCAAGUCUCAUUGUGUUGAUGAGUACAUCUAAAUUAUAUUUUAUGUUUACAAAGCCUUUUCUCUGCCCAUUAUGGCGGCUCUGAUUUCCUAUGGGUGAAGAGAAGCAAGUAUUGACUCUCGCUGCCUUUCAUGAAAGUGUGACAUGCAAUAUUUCCAGCCAGGCAACCACAUAACAAAACAAUUGUGAUCAAAUAUAGUUAUUUAUUAUGCUCUAAUCACAUUACACACUCAUAUGUCCCUUUUUAAGAAAACGAAACAGGGUUAAUGAUACUGUAUGGUUUGGGUACUCCUUGUUCACUGUAUACUGAAGUGAGUUAUUGUAGUUUACGUUGUCUCAUAGCAACUACUGAAUGUUAAUAGUGACACAUUGAACAGUCGGCAAAGGAUGGAAAAUGAAGAGGCACAGGGCUGGUAACCUUGGGGCAUCAUAUAUAUAUGUAUUUAAAGAAAAAAAAAUAAAUUAAAAAAUGAAAAACGUGAUCCCUGAUUCCAUUAUAUUCCAGUUUUACAGAAUACGAAAAGCAUACCAAUCAAGUGAUAAAGUAGUUGUUUUUUAUAUAUCCGAGGAAAUUUGGAUGAAAUCAACAAAGUACAGAUGUUGGCAUCAGCAUUAUAUUUUUCUGAAACCUAAUCACAGCUUGAUCAUGGAUUUAGUUGUGAAUAUAAAGUACAUGUGUAAGGGCGUUUUAUAAAUUACUUUCCACCUGACAACUUCCAUUUUGCUCUGUGGUCGUUUCCACUGUCACAGGGAUUCUGACUGAGGACCUUCCUGUGUGAACUUUUUCUGCACUGCUGGAGCUUGUCACUGACUGGAGCCUUGUUCUCGAUGAGAGAAGUCUCAGAACAGAGGAUGGCAUUUUGAUUUUUUUUUUCUUUCUUUUUUUUUUUCUGUUGCAUCUGUACAGUGUAGACAUAUGUAACGGGUGGAAAAUUAAUGUCAGUGAUGUUCCUGUAAAUGUUAACAAAAAUAAAGCCCAUUUUGAAGGGUA